UAUAGAACACAUUCAAUCAUUGACCAGCAGGACAUGAUUACCGAUGUCGAGUCUUUGCAGCACUAUAAUGUUAAAGCGUGGCUACAAAUUUAUAUUCAUAGGACUAGGAGUGGUAUGCUUUAUUGUGUAUUUUCAUCUUUAUAUGAGAACAGAGGCUGUUCCGCGUAGGCUGGACAUGUUGCCGCGGACGGACAGACGGGCGGUUUUAAGUGAUCCAGCGGUAAAGCUACUGGUUUAUUGGAAGCCAUUUAAUGGAGAUGGGUUUUUAAAACCAGAACAGAACUGUUUGAAAAGAUGUCCAGUGAAAUGUAACAUAACAGAUGACAAAAACAUGUUCUAUGAAGCUGAUUUAAUCAAUUACCACCUGACGGAUUUAUGGCCGGACAACUGGCACAUCGAUACAACAAAGACGAUUGAAUUUCCGGCAUAUCGCCGAAAGGAACAGAUAUGGGUGCUAACUAACCAAGAGCCUCCUUCAAACUUGUUUGGAAAUCUCAGGGUUUUUAAUAAACUGUUUAACUGGACUAUGUGGUACCGAACUGAUUCAGUGGUUCCUUUCCAGUAUGGCUGGUCGGUUGCUUUGACUGAAGAUGAGUUGUCAAGUUCAACAAAAGAUUUGAAAAGACGUAACUUCUACCGAGAGAAAAGUAGAAACAUUACUGGUAGGAUUAGUAACUGUGGGGACGCCUCGAGGAGAUACAGACUGGUUCACAAAAUGCAACAACAUCUAGAUAUCGAUAUGUAUGGCGGAUGUUACUCCAAAAAAUGCUAUCAUGAAAACUGCAACCAACCUUUAGAAGAAUACCGAUUCUACCUAGCCUUUGAGAACUCACUUUGCACUGAUUAUGUCACUGAAAAAUACUGGGAUGCUAUAAGUAGGGAUCAAAUUCCAAUUGUUAACUGGGAUUAUCAGCACGUGAAAAAUGUAGUUAUUCCUAAUUCUUUUAUCAGCGUCCAUGACUUUGGAGACAUCAAGUCUUUCGUUGACUACUUAGAACAGGUGAUGACAAAUGAAACUCUUUACAAUAGUUAUUUCGACUGGCGGCGCCACUUCCGAACGGAGCGGCGCUGCUCUAGUUGCCUGCUGUGCCAGCACCUGUACGCAGAUAAGUCGAGACGGGUUGUUGCCGACCUUGAAGGCUGGGUACGCGCGGACAUAUGUCCCAAAGUACAGGAGUUGAAUAAGCUGGUGUUGGAUAUCGAUCGACGACUCUUCGAGUGGGGAAUAUGAUCCACUAAUGUCAAAAGUCUCUGGACUUGGCUUACUGCUGAAAUAUCGACCAAUGUAGACGUUAACCAACUAUGAACGGGUGGAUGCUCCAAAUGAUCCCACCAUUUGCGACUUUUCUGUGAUUUCCGUAUUGGUUCGUGAAAGGACAUUCGAAGUAAUGCACCAGUAAUACCCCGGAUUUUGGGAUGUGUUGAUUUAUAACAUCUAUAUACUGUUUUCUAACUUAAGAUAUUCUUCCUGGAAAGCUAAAUUUCCACAGUAAACAAUUCAUUUUAGAAGCCAAAAUAGUUUAUGAUAACAAUAAUAAAUCUUUGAAUGGAAUACUGUUUACAAUACCUGGUUGUCUAUUUGCAAUAUGGUGCAGAUGUACUUAUUACACCCGAGGUACAUUAGUAUAAAGGGAUGGUGGCAUAAAACAUUUAUGACUUGGUGCAUGUGUUUAACAUGCACAUCAAAUUCAGAGAAGAUCAAAGAGAUUUGACGAUCUUGGAAUUAUGUCGAAAAUCGAUCGUUUACGAUUGAGUUAGUCAAUAAUCGAUCGCAUAAUCACUGGAUCGAUGUUUUUCUACCAGGUUAUUAAUCAUAAAAAUAGGAAAAAUAUAUUGGAACAGCAAUAUACGUUAUUUAGUAUUCAGCUUAUAACCUCAAGCUGACAUACAAUUGAAUUAAAACACGUUUCCGAACCGUUCAUUUCGAUUACAUCAUUAAUUAUUAAUGGAAAUGGUCUAACUGUAAUUUUCGGUGAUCGAUUAUAUCCUUUGAUAGAUUUUCAAAACAUGGAAGAUCAUCAGAUUUCGAAGAACUUAAUUCCUUGAUUAAGUGUGAUUUAUAGUUGUUGUCGAAAUGGUGAAAAGGCAAUGAGUUAUUAGCUGUAAAUACGCGUAUUGUGGAAUUGUGUUUAAAUGGCUCUGUUUGUUAACAAUGUAAAUAUUGAAGAAACAUUAGCCCUUACUUCAAGUAUCUGUUCAAACAGAAUACUUCAUGUAUAUGAGCUCAUCGUAUUCAAACAGGAUAGUACGAAUAUCAAUCUGACGUGGGAAAACCUCCCGGUUUAUUUGUUAUUAUAUAUUCAUCGCUCAACCGCAAACAAGUUAUGUACACUCGCAUGUUUGAUCUUGUUUUAUAUGAAUGCCAUCGAAAAUGAAUAUCAUUUCCUUUUAGACUGUCCAAGAUAUCAUAAUCUACGAAAGUAAUUCUUUAAAACCAUACUUUUGCCACUGGCCAACAAAACAUAAGUGUAUUGCCCCUUUGUCCUCAGACAGUGAAAAAACCUAUGCACAAUGUUCAUAAAUAUUUAUAUCAUGCAUCUUUGAAACUAUCAAGAACUUAAUUAAGAAUUUGAUACUAUGAUUUAUAGUAUACUUCUCUAUUGGCUAUGUCUCUGCUCUCCACGAUGAUUUGUUUCAUAAAAUAAUUGAUUUAUUUGAGAUGUUUUGCAUUUUGGGUACGAAUGUUAUAUAAUUUAAUGCUGAAUAAAUGUUAUGAUAAGAUAAUUGAUAUACAUGUCCAUGAGGCAUAGGCAAUAAGUUAUACACAUUGUAUACCUGAUCCCUGAGGUCAGGUUUGGCGCCUUUUAGGACUGAUUUUAUUUGCACAUGCGUUUGCAACUGUUAUAGUCUAAGAGUAAGCACCCUGGCCCCAAUAUCAUGAAACUACUUAAGUCAAAUCUCAAUCUCAAUCUCAAUCUCAACUACUUCUCCCCCAUUACAGUAUGACAUUAUCCUCCAUUACAGUAUGACAUUAUUCCCCAUUACAGUAUGACAUUAUUAAAAAUUACUCAAAACUUCUUCAUUCUCACAUGCAUUAUGUUGAUUAACAUGAUUCCUUAAUAUUCUAAAAAGAAUAUUUCUACAACACGAAAUGUACUUGAGUAAAACUUAAAAAUAAUAAAUUGGACUCAAGUACAAUUUUUGCUCUCAAUUUUUUUUCCUAUAAAAUAUUGACCUUUUUUUCAACAUAAUGAAUAAGAGAAUGCGAUUUUAUAAAGGGUAAAACAUUUACAAUUGUGAAUCAUAUGAUGCUGUAAAUUGAUAAAAAGAGUUGAGACUGAGAUUGAGAUUUGACUUGAGUAUUUUCGUGAUAUUGGGCCCUGGUCUAAAACUGUGGCUAUUACCUUUAAGCGAUGCAUGAACAGAUUUUAUGUUGGUAAAAAUAUGUUUUUAUUUGAAAUUAAGUUAUUUUAAAAUCGUUUGAAUAAUCGUCAACACCAAAUUGUAGCUGACAAAUGCUCAUAUGAACAAAAUGUUGUUAAUCAAAGGUUAUUAUGACUCAAUUUUCACAGGCGUUAAUAAGACAGCAAAGUAGAACUAUUUCAGUCACAGUGUUAAUAUAAUAAACACAGUUUUAUUUUAAACUUUUCAGGUAGUUCAUUAUUGAAUGAAGCUUCUUAAUUAAUAUGUUAUACUUCCUGAAUUGUUUGCACUGAAAUACACAGAAAGAAAGGGUUUUGUAAGGGGUGAAAUCCAGAUAACAAUAAACAAUUGUAUGCCUGAUUUUUCUUAUUUUUGUUGAUAUGGUAUGAUAACCUACUUAAAAGGUUGUUCCGAAAAAUGUUUUUAACAUGGUUUGAAGAAAUUGUGAAUGCAAACUUUUAUAAAAAUUAUGCUAAUGCGUGAAUGUGCAGAUAGUCUAAAAACGAUGUAUAGCUUAUCGGAUUAGUGGAUUUGAAUAACCGAACUGAAUAUUGAAUAAAGCUAAUGAUGUAUGGCCAUAUGGUAAAAUUAAUGAAUUUAAUUUUGAAUAUCAUCCCUACGAACGAUUGAUAAAGAAAAAAAGCGGAAAUAUUUCAGCAAGCGAUGACUCGAAACUCGACGUUCGUGCAUAAACCAAGAUGUUAUCAAUGUUUGUGAUAAAUGUUAGAUAACCACUUAAAGCGAUAAUAUCUGCUUUGGAGAGAUCAUUAGACUAUAUUUAGGAAUGAGUUUAUAAACGACAGAUAGAAACA